AUGUCUAGUUUAGCUUCACAAUUACAGUCAAUCAAUGAGAAGACUGCUUCUGUUGCUUUGGAUAGAAAGCAACGCUCAAAGUUGCAUUCACGAUCAUUAAUAUUUGAUCCCAAACAAGCAGCAACUCAGGACUAUGAAUAUAUUUAUGAAAUUGCUACAGAAGGUCUUGAAGAUUUAUGUGAGUUAGAUUCCAGAUUCAAUAAAUUCAAACUGACAUUGUUUUCUGAAACUUCUGUCAACUUGGAUAGAAAUUUACAAACAAAAGAUGUUAUUAGUCAAUUGGAUAAAAAUAUUGAUGCCUUCUUGACAUUAGUGGGGCCAUAUUAUGGGUUGACAUCAUCUUUAAAAGCAGUUGAAUGGCUUGUUAGAAGAUUUCACGCAAAUAUCCAUAAUGCUGAGUUAAUGAUUUUAACUGCAUUGCCAUAUUUCCAACAUCCAGUAUUUGUGAAGGUAUUGAAUGUGAUUCCAAAACAAAACUUGCCACAAAUAUUUGAAUGGCUUGUGGGAUAUAAAGAUCAAUUGAAAACACCACCUGCGUCGUCCAUUCUUAAGGCAUUUCGCAAUGACUUUCACUUUUUCAACUUUUAUAGUAAAUUUUUGAAUGACCAAAUCAAAAAUCACACUGUUUAUAAAGAGCAAUUGGUUUUCUAUUUAUCUAAUACGGUACAACUUUUGGCCUCCUUUUCCAAGAACAUUGAGGAGUUGAAUGAAACUCAUAUUCCUGUUGUUCUUGAGACUACUGCCUUAAUGUUAUUACCACAGCAAAAACCCAAAUACUCCUCGUCUAUAAACUCAGACUUGAAGUUGACAUCAUAUUCGAUUAUUUCUGUACUUAGCUCAAUUUUCCCAUUUUCCGCUGAUAUAUUGAAGUCGUUGACUGUAAGCAUAUUAGAAGAUGAGGAUGCCCUCAAGGGAUUUACCAAGCCAACUUUAAUUGUUUUAUCACAAUUAUGGAAGCAUUUUCAAGGAAACUUGGAAGUCAUUGAAGCCUUCAAGAAUUUUAAAAUUGGCCAACAUGAAUUGGGUGUUUUAGAUGAAUUAAAAAAUGAAAAUUAUCAAUUGAGUACUUUCAUUAUAUUGGUUUUCAUUUCGACUUUCCCUUCUAAUGAAUCGUACAAGUUGUUGCCUUUCAUUGAUUUGUCAAACAAGACAGUUUUUGAAAUUAUAACCAAGUUGGUUUUACAAAACUCAACCACACAGGAAGACUCAAUUAGAUCUAAUUUGACUAAGAUUGCCCAAUCUCUAACCAAAUCUGAUCCUAAAUUGUUCCAAACAACUCUUGAAAGUGAGAACUGGAAAGUAGACGAGUUAGAAUUGAAGCUCAUGUCUGUACUUGUUGAAAGCAAGAAUGACGAAGCUGAGUUUGAUGCAGGUGAUGAAGAUAAUGCAGUGGAAGAUAUUGAAAUUGUAAAGACUGUCGAUUUUACUAAAUUGCAAUCUACUGCUAAGAGUUACUUUAAUACAGAAUACGAUGAAGAGUUUAAUUUGGUAUUAAAAGAAUUGAAAAGUGUUUUGUCCGCAUCCGAUGCUAAAUUACACGUUUCUGUCAUAUUGACAUUUUUGCAAAAAGUGUUUUCAACUCCUGAAGUGGCAUUGACAUUUGCUUUCCGAGUUGCAUUAACUCCUGCAGUCCCCUUGUCUAUCAGAUUAUCGGCCAUCAAGAGUAUUAGAAUUAAAAUUAAAAAUGCUGCAAAUGGUAAAACUGACUUUUACUUGUUGAUCCCACUUAUAUUAUUGGCAUUGUUUGAUAAUUCAAAAUUGAUUAGAUCGGGAUUUGCUCAACUCUUACGAUUAGUCAUUGAAAUUAAAACUAAACUUACUACUGGUGCUGCCUUAUUUUUGGAAAGAGAGAUUUAUGGGUCUGUUUCUGAUAAGAAAUACCCAACUCCUCAUGACUCCUUGUUUCUUUGCAGUUUGUUGAGUGAAGACAAUGUUAAGGAUACUGUAUUAGACCCAUCAAGAGUCAUCAAUAUUUUAUUUGACAGCAUUUUCAAAGCAAAGAAUGGGAAAUCAAAACCAGGAAAGUACUUCAGAUCAUUUAUCUUCACUCAGUGGUCGUUGUGCUCAUUGCCAAUUGUUUUAAAAGCAAAUGCUUGGAAAAUUGUGGCACAAGCUAACAAAGCAGGAACUGACGAUAGGUUCUUUUUCUUGGAUGGAGACAUUGAGAAUUAUUUUAGCAAGCGUAACGUUUGGAUUGAUCAGGCAUCUAUUGCUGGCAUUGCAUUCUUUGAUAAUGCCGAAGUCUCAGUUGUUGGUUUAGUUGGUGGUGUUGCUUCAAAUGAUAAAAAUAGUAACACAGAGAGUGAAUGGUUAUGUAGAGCAUUGGAAAAUCCAUCAGGUAAUUUACAGAUGACAGCUAAUAAUCGUGUUCUUGAAACUUUUGACACAUUCAAACCAAUUGAGUCAAGAUUGAAAAUUGUCAAUAAAUUGGUAGAUAUAUUGAUCAACGAUGAUAUUGUUGAGUUUGAUCCAAUGGCAACUUUACAAGAAUUAAAUAUUGACCGCAAUUUAUUCUUACAGGCUUUGACGAGUGUGCAAAUUGGUGAUCAAAUCCCAGAACAAGGUAUCGCUAAAAGAAGAAGAAGGUCUUCAAACUCUACCAAGCAAGCCAUGGUGCGAGAUGAAAUUAACAACAUGGCAUCUGGACACUUGAAGAAGCUCACAUUUUUGUUAGAAAUAUUGGAAUCUAGUCUUCGAAAGAAAAGAAAUGUUGCUGGCCCUGAUUUGCUAAAGGUGUUAUUCAAAAUUUUGACUGACUUGGAAUACUUAGGGAACGAUGGUAACUUGCCUGUUCUUUAUGCCCAAGAAACAUUAGCAUCUUGUAUGCUUUUGAAUAUCGUCAAUUUAAAGUCGUCAUCUAAGGAAGUCAAGUUUGAUUCUAAUUCAAUCAGAGCAGAUUUAAUUGUUAAUUCCAUUAGGGCAUCACCAUCACCUCAAGUUCAAAACAGAUUAUUGUUAGUUAUAUCAGAGUUAGCAUCUUUGGCUCCAGAAGUAAUCUUGCAUUCGGUGAUGCCCAUCUUUACAUUUAUGGGUGCUCAUACUGUUAGACAAGAUGAUGAAUUUUCUAGCUCUGCGUUGCAACAAACAGUUGCAAAAGUUAUUCCUGCAUUAGCUUCAAAUGGAUUAUCUCCUGUGAAUAAUGAAAUCGAGUUUUUGUUGGCUAGUUUUGCUACUGCAUUCCCACAUGUUCCAAGACAUCGUCGUGUGAAGUUGUUUGUUUCCUUGACCAAAACUUUAGGCUGUGCUGAAUCCAUGCACUUAAUUUUGUUUUUGAUGGGUCAACAAUAUGCAAAUAAUGUUCAUAAGAAUAAAAAUGGAGAUUCGCAAUCUGUUGUUGAGUUUGUGCAUGGUUACAUGAAGUCGUUUUCUGCCGAAGAACAACUUGCAGGAAUUGUUGCAUUCACUAAAUUGUGGAAUGAUAUACCCCUCAAUCAACUUGAACCUGGUUCCGAAGAGUUUGAAGUUUUGAAUAAUCGCCCAGUUUUUGGCACCACAAUUGCGACAUUGGGCCAAUCCGGUUUAGCUGUGUUGAGAAACGAUUUGUUGCAAUUUUUAGAUGAAACUUUGAGUUCAGAAAAUAAGCAUGAGCUUUCUUCUUUGAAGACAAAGAUGGCUUUGGUUUUAAUUGAUGAUGAAGAUAGCGAGGUUUCUAAGAAAGAACUGGUUUUAGAUAAAUUUAGAGCAAUUACUUCAUUUGCCUUGGCCAGUUUAGACACUUUCACAAAUUCACAUGCUGAUAUCAAGUUAUGUUCUACAUUGUAUUCAUUAUUGGGCAAUUUAUUAGAUUUGUUACCUUUGAAUUAUUUUAUUGAUUCAAUUGUUGCUUCAUUGGAUGUCGAUACUUUGUCAGAUUCCUUGUCGAUAAAAGUUGCUAGAAACUAUGCAAUCUUGGCAAGUAGAAAAUUUGAAACCGAAUUGAAUGUUGCCCACUGUGACCAAGUUGUUAUUGAAUCCGUAAUUAACAAUUUGUUACCAAUAUUGAUUAAAGGAAUCAAGAAAAAUGUUGAUGUUGAGUUGCAACAGGCUUACUUGGAUACUUUUUCCACCAUCGUUAAUAAGUUUGGAGCAUCAGGUACUGAAUUUGCGCUGAGUGACGUUUCUAAAGUUCUUAUUGAAUCUUUGGGUAUCGUUACUACAGACCGUGGUUUAUUGAAUGAGCAACCCGAAGUCAUCAUUGCUUCCAUUAACGCAAUUACAAGUAUUGUCAAUAUCUUGGGAGUUAAGACACUUGGAUUGUUCCCUAAAGUUGUCCCUCCCGCCCUUAAAAUUUGGGAAUCGACUAACUCAUUGGGGGAUAAGGAGAGUGCUAAAUUAUUGCAAGGUUCAGUGUUAGUUUUAUUAUCGUGUUACAUCAAAAAGAUUCCUGCAUUUAUGUCAACUACGUUAGAAGCUGUUUUGCUUACUAUUUUGUCAAGUGAUUUGAUUGAUAACCAUAUCAGAUCAAGUGUUUUAGAUUUGAUUGUUGACCACAUGGAUUUGGCUCAAGUUUUGAAAUCCUUAUGCAACGUUUGGCUUACCAAGAAGUUUUACACAAAUGACAAUUCUGGUAACAUUGGUUUAUUCUUAAAAACUUUACAAGCUACAAUAAAUAAGAUGGAGAAGAAGCAAGCCACAACUCAGGCAACAUUGUUUAUGAGAUGGCUUAUCAGUGCCUUUGAAUUCAGACAGUAUUCGGAAGACAAUGACAACAAAUUUGAUAACAACACCAUCCAUAGAUUAGAAAGCUCUUUCCAUGGAUGUGCCAUAGCAUUUGUCAUGAAAUUGAAUGAUAAGAGUUUCAGACCGUUGUUUGCAAACUUGGUGAGAUGGGCUGUCGAUGGUGAAGGUGCCACCUUGAAAACUAAUGAAGUGUCUAGGUUGUUGGCAUUUUUCCGUUUCUUCAACAAAUUGCAAGAUGAAUUGAAGAGUAUUAUUACUUCAUAUUUCUCAUACUUGUUAGAUCCAACAUCGGCAUUAUUAAAGAGAUUUAGCGAAGGUAGUCUUGUUGCAACCAAUUUAAGAAGAAUAAUUUUGAUUGGGUUGACUUCUUCAUUCAAAUACGAUCAAGACGACUACUGGUCACAACAAGGAAGAUUUGAUAGCAUAUGUUCUCCAUUAUUGAGCCAAUUGUCCAAUAUUGAGGAUUCCAUUGGUAAAUACUUGGUAAAAUCAGUUAGCACAUUUGUUACAGAUGUUUCCUCAGACGAAUACAAUGAAACGUUGGUCCACGAGUUGAUCAAGUAUAUUUCUAAUGCCAAUGAAAAUUCUGCUGCUACCAAGAUCUGGAGUAUUCGUACAUUGAAAACGAUUUUCCAGAAAAUGGGAGAGCAGUGGUUAUCUUACUUGCCAACCUUGGUUCCAUAUAUUGCAGAGUUAUUAGAGGAUGACGAUGAAGAAGUUGAAAUGGAAGUUAGACGUGGUUUGGUUAGAGUUAUUGAAAAUGUUUUGGGUGAACCAUUAGAUAGAUAUUUGAGUUAA